UUCUAUGACCACAGAUUGCCUUAAUCUGUGCUAUGACCAUAUAUGGUCGAAGCAGAAAAUAGAGUCGAAGCUCUUGACACUAACUCAGUGGGUACUGUCUUCCAACCGAAAUAGUGAAGAUUGACUAAAAUCAUAUAUCAUAUUCAUAACACAACAAUGCAGCGCAGGAUAGUCUGCAGUAAAAUCCAAAUUAGGGUUUCAUUCAGUACCGGCGUAUUGCAACAUCUGUUAUAAAAGUGUAAGAAGUGAGCAAUAAACAUCUUUACCCGAGAAAACCCUAAUUUACAUUUUAGUUGUAUUAUUUUAGUCAAUCUUCACUAUUUCAUUUGGAAGAGAGUAAUAACUCGUUAAAAAAGUCGGGGGUAGGUGUUAGUUAAUGGUAACAUUGCUGAAGCGCUGACAAGCAAUAAAAAAAGAUGAAAUAUAUUACUGUCUCACUCGUUCUGUUUGCGCAUGGUUCUGUGAUUCAAAAAAAGAAAACCUAACCUCACGUCGUUUGUUGAGCAGCGUGUUGGUAAAAAUAGGUGUAGAAAUUGUUUUUCAGUUGUUGAAAUAGUAAGAGCAGAAUGGUUAAAUGCAUUGUGAACACGUGUGGAAGCAGAAGCAAUCUUCAUGUUUUUCCAAAGGACAAAAUUAUGUUCCAACAAUGGUGUACUGCUUUAGGGAUCAAAGUACUCUACGAAAGGCGCAAGAACUUUUUUGUGUGUUCUAAACACUUUGAUGACUCUUGUUACUUUACUGAUAACAGGAAUAGAAGCAAUUUAAAAUCAGACGCUAUUCCAUCAUCAGUAUCAACCGCCGUAUCAACUAAAAAUGCAGAUCACCAAGAACAUGGCACUUCAUUGGAGUUGGAGCACUCAGACCGAUCCGAAUGUGUCCCUUCUAACAUAGAAAAGGGAAACCUCUCUUCUUCGGAGGCAUUGGGCGAGAAAAGGCCGACACAUGCCAAAGGUGCACCAGUAUUUUCUUUGGAUACAGAAGUUAAACGAGUUGUGUAUUCGUGUAAAUUUCCAUUAUGUAAAAGUGCCGCUUAUCGUAAUUAUUGUUUUAAUAAAAGAUUCUUCACAUUUCCAAAAGACGAAAAAAGACAACAACUAUGGAGAACAAUUUGUAAAAUUGAACCUCACGUUCGUUGCGAUAAUUUUCGUAUUUGUGAAGAUCAUUUUGAAGCAUCUGAUUUUUGGGGGUGUCGAUCUCCUUUACCCUUUGCUGUUCCUAAAGCUCUUCGCCUGAAUGACAGCGAGGAACAAAUAAAAAAGUCUGAUGGCCCUUCAUACGACGGAGAGGAUCCAAAACUUCAGAUAGGCCAUCCAAUAAUUAGUGCUGCUUCACCUGAUGUUCCAACAUGUGCGUCUCCAUCUAUUCCGAUAAAUCAAAAUAUUAAUCAAGGCUGUCCUACGCGGAAUAUAGUUGUUGAAAUAACAAAACCCUACUUCAAAGCACUGAAAAGUUUUUCUUUGGAAAGUAAUUCAGUCCACGAGGUAUGUCGGAUUUGUUUCCGUUUAUUAAAAGAAGAAGAAAUUGUUAAUCUCUACGAUGAGGGGUCUCCUUCCCAAGAGACAAAAGAAUUGCGAGAUAUGUUAGAAUUUAUUUUACCCGAAUUGGACCUCGAACUAUAUACAAAUGUUGUUGUUUGUACGAAAUGUAGAGACCUUUUGGCCUACAGUUAUGAGUUACAACAUGCCUGGAUGUGUACGGAGAAGAAGUUGCAAAAAGUUGUUGAAGAAAAGAAAAGCUUAACAAAUUUAAGCUCCGAUUUAGUUAUUGUAACGGAAUCAUCAGUUGGCGACGUAAUGAGAGAACACCAUCAAGAUGUAAUUAAUGUUGAUCACGAUUACGAAAAGAAUGUUGAAAAUGCACCAGUUUUGAAAAGAGAUGAAAUGCAAGAUGUGGCGCGCAGAAUUCUUGAUAAUAUCCCGGAAGAAACUAUAAACCCAAAUGAGAAUCCUCUAACAAAGAAGAAGGUGAAAUUCUUUUACAGAGGAGUUAAUUUGAGUUCGUACAAUCUGAUGGGGUUCAGAAAAAAAAAGAAGAAAGAACGUGAAACUAAGUGGGGUGAGGGACCUUACAUUUGCGAAAUGUGUGGAUUUUGCACCAAAAGUUUGACCGCCAUUCAACGACAUUUGCGCAAACAUGCGACCAAUAAACUGUCUGAUUUUAUUCCAAAGAAGAGAAAACCAAGGAUUAAAUCUUUCAAAUGCGAUAAAUGUGAUCAGUUGUUUACAAGUCAACAGCGUCUCGAACGGCAUUUCUCAAAGCAUCAAACUUACAGCUGCGGAAUAUGUGACAAAGAGUUUAAACAGAAUAGUGCGUUGCAAACGCAUAUUAAACAUGUGCACUUGAGAGAUUACAACUACUACCAGUGCCAUCUGUGCGGGAAACAGUUUUGUUAUAAGAAUUCUUUAAAGCUACAUUUCCUGACACAUAAUCCUAUAAAAACAGAAAAGUGUGAUUUAUGUCCGAAAAAGUUUGUAACAAGGAUUGGAUUAGCUAAACAUCUUCGAUCAGUACAUAGCGAUGCUCCUCCAUUAACUUGCAAUUUUUGUAACAAGUCCAUAAAGACGGAAAAGAAUUUGGUGAAACAUAUUCAACUCUAUCAUUUUCAUGAAGGGGAUAUUUGUGAUAUUUGUGACAAACCAUUUUCGAAAAAGCAGUAUUUGAUAAAACAUAAAAUGCGGGUUCAUGGUGUUGGAACACCGCGAAACUGAUUUUAAAUAAUAAUUUUUUAUAUUA